AUGAUCUUAAAAAUUCGUUAUUUAAUUUUAUUUUUGAUUUUUAUCGGUUUUGGUCUCUUUUUUCGGUUCUCAAUUUUUUGUGAAGACUCUAAAGAAGAAAUAUCGACAGAAGACUUGCCAACGAUCUACGCCAUCACCCCGACCUACUAUCGCCUGACACAAAAAGCCGACUUGACUCGUCUUUCGUAUUGCCUCCAACUUGUGCCGAAUGUCUUCUGGGUCCUCAUCGAAGAUGCCAAGAGCACCUCUGAGCUCGUUCGUGGCAUCCUGAAUCGUGGCGGUCUCUCUGAUCGCAGCGUACAACUUUUCGCCAAAACCCCCCAGAGUAUGAUACCCCAAAAGAACCAAAGUCGUAUUUCAAAACCGCGUGGCGUCCUUCAACGAAAUGUCGGCUUGGAUUUUGUAAUCCGUCGAAUGGCGGAAAAAGGCGGGCGUUCAAUUGUUUAUUUCAUGGAUGACGACAACACGUACAGCCGCGAACUGUUUCACGAAAUGGCAAAAAUCGAGGAAGGUCGAGUUGGGGUUUGGCCCGUUGGAUUAGUCGGAGGUUUGAGAGUCGAAAAACCCAUUGUGGCGCCAAAUGGAACAAUAACGGGAUUUAAUGCUAUGUGGAAUCCGGGAAGAGUGUUUCCCAUUGAUAUGGCGGCAUUUGCAAUUUCGGGAGAUUUGCUGUUGAAAAAUCCGAAAGCUAGAUUUCAUUAUAAACCAAAUUUGGAAACGAUAUUUUUGCAACAAAUAACGACGAGGGAUGCUUUGCAACCAUUGGCGAAUUUGUGCAAGGAAAUUUUGGUUUGGCACACGAGAACAGAAAAGCCGAAUUUAGAACAAGAAAAUAAACAUGUGAAAAACUAUAGGAUUCUAUCAGAUGAUGGAAUGGAAUUGUAA